GUUUUUUUUAUGUUAUUAUUUUUAUAAUGCUUUUACUUCGGCAGUCAGUAGUUCGAAGAAGAUUUUUCUCGGUUCUGACAACGCACACGCGAUUAGCGGUAUUGCUUGAAAUGACUGGGCCAUCACUCAUUUUUUCCAAUGAUGUUUUAAAGGAAAGUAUACACAAGUUUAGAAGAUUCGAGGAAGUUUUUCGGUUGCUGAGGGAGAGAGUGAGAGUAAUGAAGCGGGACGAGGGGGAAGGUAGCCGGGGCAACGGGGGUGAAUAGGAAGAGGAGGAGAUCAAGGAGAGGCGUGGAUUGAAUUGCGUGCUCUCGGAAGGUCGGUUUAGUCUGUGAUUUAGCCAGACAACUAAUGAGCGACGCUACCACGUUGCUUCGACGAGAGCACAGACACGGCUAGUUUGGGGCGCAGGGUUUCUGGCCUUGAGCUUGUUGCGAUUUCGGUGCUGAUCGAGUCCAUUUACUUGUGACGAGGGAGGAAAUUUGUGUACAUUACACCACACUACCCCCGGACUGGCUGAUGCGUGACGUGACAGACUCCCUCUGGUCCUACUGACGGACCUUUGCUGGUCCAGUUUGUCAGUGUCCCUGCCAUGUCAGUGUCGCCUUGGCCAAGAUUUUGGGAGUAUAAGACAUCAAUCACCAGUGUCUCCUCCUGUGAUUCGAGUUAGACUUCCGCGACUGCCUUCAAAUUUAUCGUCCAGUUGAGGACCGUUGCGUUCCGCGAAUAAUUGCGGCUUUGUUUCUUGCUGAAUCUGCCCUGCACUUCAACGAUCCAAAACUCCACUGUCCGUUUGCGUGGCGUGGAACUAAAUUUCCAGUUUGUUACUUUCAAUGUAUUGGAGUUAGAGUGCCUUAUACAGACGAACGGCAAUUUCGUUAUGCAGAGUGGAGAGAGCUAAUAUUUUCUUUCGUUUGAGUUAAAUCACCUUUUUCGGUAGAUCUGUUGAAUAUAAAAUUUAUUUAGAUAUUUGAAAUAUGUCCGUGGUAGUAGGGGUAAUACUGUGAAAGUAGUUCGCUAAAAUCAUUGUUGCGGAGCCGUAGGCAGAUUUUACAAUGGUACUUAAAGUGAGUGAGGUUAGCGGAGGUCUUGAUAGAUAUCACGGAGAAUUUGAAGGUACAGAAGGUUUGCUUCGGGCAAGUUUUCCCAAUUUCGGAGAGAGUUUGGUUGGAGGAGUUACCUUGAGGGCUAAGCGGUCAGCAGUCGGCGCUGAGCCUUCAACCGCGUCGUGCGGGUCAACCUUGUCAGUGUCUUCUGUACUGUCUACAUCUCCUUCAAAGCCAUCAGUUAUGAGUUCGAGCUCUGUCUUCUCGAAGCCUAUUCCUAUCCUUCUACAGAAAAAGCAAAGUCCUUACACAGAAAAGAGCCAAUUUCAUACAUGGAUCGGUGCAAUGAGGGCUCAGUCACCCCCCCUUGUUCACUCACAGAAUGGAGAUACUCCUGACGCUUUCGAUCUGGAAGCUUCUGUUUAUAAAUCUUGGCUUGAAAGUCAUCCAUCAGCGCUAACCUCGUUUGAAAGAGUCAUCAAGCAUUCGCACAAGAAGCAGAUUGUGGUCUUUCUUGACUACGAUGGUACGCUGUCACCCAUAGUGGAGGAUCCUGAACGGGCUUUCAUGUCAGCUGAGAUGCGAGCAACUGUGAAGGAGCUGGCAACUUGCUUCCCAACCGCAGUUAUCAGUGGAAGAUCUCGACCGAAGGUGUUUGAGUUUGUGCAAUUGACAGAACUAUAUUACGCUGGAAGUCAUGGCAUGGAUAUCAUGGGACCUGCAAAGAGUUCAGAUGGGUAUCGAGUGAAGGGAAUAAAGUCUAGAGACAAGAAGGGAAAUGACAUUGUUUCAUUUCAGCCAGCUAAUGAGUAUUUGCCACUCAUAAACAAGGUGUAUAAUGCGUUGAUCGAAAGUACCAAAGCGAUCAAGGGCGCAAGCGUGGAGCACAAUAAAUUUUGCGUGACAGUUCAUUUCCGCCGUGUAAAAGAGGAGUAUUGGGAGUCACUUGCAGAGCGGGUGGGCUGUGUUUUGAAAGAUUUUCCGACUUUAAGCUUGACACAUGGCAGGAAGGUUCUCGAAGUUCGUCCUUCGAUUUCAUGGGAUAAAGGAAAAGCUGUCGACUUUCUUCUCAAGUCUCUGGGAUACAAAGACACAAGUGAUGUAAUUCCUCUGUAUCUCGGAGAUGAUAAGACUGAUGAAGAUGCUUUCAAGAUGAUCAAUGCAACAAAGCAUGGCUGCAGUAUUUUGGUAUCUUCUGUUCCCAAAGCAAGUGAUGCAAUGCUUUCUCUUCAGAAUCCAUCCGAGGUUAUGGAAUUUUUGUGCAGGCUCGUGCAGUGGAAAAAGUGGGGGUUGGAAAACCGAAAUAACAUUCAAGUGGAUGUGUUUAACUUCAACUAGAUACCGCGGCUUUUUAUUUUUAUAUAAAACUGGGCCAAGCCGUGCUCCAAAGUGUCCUGUGUGUACAGCCACCUACCAUGGUCACAAUGGCCUCAAACCACUCAUCUUACCAAGUAAAACUUCUAUAUAAACAUACAACUUCUCUGUCAGCUCAUCCGGACACAAGCCCAGCUUUUCCAAAGCCCACUGUUCGUAAAGUUAGUAAUUACCUAAUCUCCAGAUCUUACUUGUUCAAGAAACAAUCGGCAUUGAAGGCUUUGCGCAAGAACCCCUGGGAGUUGGCGAAAGAUCAACUCACAAACUCAAAUUUGCGUAGAAGCAGAGGUUAGGUGAAACCCCAGACAAAAUCUGUAACAUUAAUUGGACGGACCUUUUUGCUGGUCAGAAUCAAAUCCAAGAAGAUGGAAUCAGGUCAAGUAAACUAUGCCUGGCGACCUGCAGAUGAAUCGUCAUCAAAAUUCUUAGCCCAACAUUGAGGCGUACAUUCUCUGUUGACAUAUUAAACAGUCACAAAUAUAGCACCCUGAAGCUGCUGAGUUAGUGAGGUCUUCGCUUUCAAGCGAGAUAUUUUUGGAGAACUGUUAUCUUCAUGCAUUACAACGUCGCAUGUUCGGGCAGUUUGUGCAAUUUUAUGCCAUCCUCAGGCAAAGCUUCAGUAUUCCUACUCUGAUAUCUAUAGAUUCUAGAUUCCUGCCUGCAGGUCAUCACAGCACCCAAGAUCUUUUUUCUUUGGAUAACGCACUCUUGUAAGAACCCUGAGUUCACUUGCUGCAAUUACUUACCUCCGCAGAGGUGAAAUGCACUUUUACAAUACUUGCUUCGAAAGUGAAUUAGAUUAUAAAACCUAGCAUGAACUUAACAACCGUGAUUACUAAAUAAAGCUACAUCAAGUUCCUGGUC